AUGUCGACCUCGACCCCUGUCUACGCUAACCUCCUCCCGCCCUCGUGGAAGGUCAAGAUCAGCGAAUGGCUCAAGGAGGACUGUCCCUCAUUCGACUGGGGCGGCUUUGUGGUCGGCGAGGCUCCUAAGCGCGCCACACUCUUCUGCAAGAGCGAGGGUAUUCUCGCCGGCGUCCCCUUCUUCGACGAAGUCUUCAAGCAGCUCGAUUGCAAGGUCACGUGGAACUUCACCGAGGGCGAAUGGCUCAAGGUUGCUACGGAGGGCGGGAAGGUCAAGAUUGCAGUAGCGACGGUGGAGGGUCCAUCGCGUAAGAUUCUGUUGGGUGAGAGGGUGGCAUUGAACACGCUGGCGAGGUGUUCGGGUAUUGCUACUGCGUCUGGGCUGUUCUUGCAGAAGGCGCGGGCGGCAGGGUAUCAGGGCAUCGUAGCAGGAACACGAAAGACCACACCCGGAUUCAGGGACGUUGAGAAGUACGGCAUGCUCGUCGGUGGCGUAGACAUGCACCGCUACGACUUGAGUAGCAUGGUCAUGCUCAAGGACAACCACAUUUGGUCCACCGGUUCUGUCACCAACGCCGUCCACGCUGCGCGGUCCGUCUGCGGCUUCUCCCUGCGCAUUGACGUAGAGGUCCAAAGCUACGACGAGGCGGUCGAAGCCAUCCAGGCAGGUGCAGAUGUGAUCAUGCUCGACAACAUGGAGGGAGAGUCGCUCAUCAGCAACGCAAAAAGGUUGAAGGACGAGUUUUCCGCGAAACACAAGUUUUUGCUCGAAAGCAGCGGAGGGAUUGACAUCGACAACGUUCAGCAGGGAGGUCAUGUCGACAACUCGAUCGACAUUAUCUCGACCAGCUCGAUCCACCAGUCGACCAAGCACGUCGAUUUCUCGCUCAAGAUCGAUCCUUCCUCGUAG